AUGGCGGUGCUCAGUUGGGUCAACGUUGGGAAUGCGGCGAACAUUCUGCAGCUGCUCGGGGCGGUCCAGUUCCUCAUCACCGUGGCCAAGAACUUCCUGCGGUUGUCACAGAACAAGAAGGAAUGCCGCGAGCUCGAGCUGCGCGUGGAGACGCUGGAGGCGCUCAUCGGGUGGCAAACCCCUUGCUGGAGCAUAGUGCAGCAGCAGCAGCCGUGGCUCGAGGCUCUGGUGAGCAGCGCUCUCCGCGAGGCAGACGGCCUCGCCAACUCUUACAGGAACGGCACGGUUUGGUUCCUGGUCCGGACGGGCAGGAGCAUGACCCAGCAGUUCCGUGACCUGCGCAACAGGAUCGACUCCUACUGUGCCCUCAUCAUCUCCCUCAACGCCUGCCAACUCAUCGCACAAGCGGGACCUCUUACUGCUCCGUUACUUGUCAGGGUUGAGAGGAACGAAGGCGGCGCAACACCGACGGCGGCUGUGCUUUCCAGGGACGCCGAGGCACCUAUGGGGGUUGCUGCUGACGGCGUCCCGGCACACAAUGCAGCGGCAGAUGAUGGCCAGGAGGCAGGUGAAGAUCUUGAUCAGCGCAUCAACUGA